GCCCUGGGAACCCUGGGAUACCCACAUGUAGUGUCUGUCAUCCAUAUUUCCUUCGUUCCUUUCCGUAACUUUUGUACUUUCUUAUUUUUUGCGCAAACUUUAAACCUAGCUUUUAAAAUGACGUCGAUCACCAACGGAGGAACAGUUCCCAUGCGAGACGCAGAUGCAAUUAAGUUGUUUAUUGGGCAGGUCCCGAGAACUUGGGAUGACAAAGAUCUUAGACCAUACUUCGAAAGCUAUGGACAAAUACACGAACUGACCAUUUUACGAGACAGAUUAACGCGGAACCAUAAAGGUAACAAUCUUGGUUGAUCGUCGAUUUUCGGUACUUUUUCGUAGUGUCUUAUUUUUCUUGCUUUUUAGGCUGUGCGUUUCUUACGUUUUGUUCUCGCGAAUCUGCGAUUGCUGCACAAAAGGAAUUACACGAAAAGAAAAUAUUGCCCGGGGUAAGAUAAUUAAAUAUGUUUACUUGCUGCUAUGUGUAUUAAACAUUUAACGUUAACACUUUUGCUCGUGACAUUGAAUGUUAUUGUUUUUGCGUUUAUUCCGUGUUUGUAGAUUGAAAGAAAUUUCCUUCCAAAGUCAAACACAGGCUAUUUUCUCUUCCCUCGUUGUCGGCAGCGAAUAUGAAGGAGCAUGAUAUUUAUUUUUUUAAAAGAUUAUAUUUAUUAUUUUUUCAUGUAGUGGGUAAAAUAUAACAUAAUAACAAUUAAUCUUCUUAGAUACUCAAUAUAAACUAAUUGAUUAAGACCUUACGGCACUAUUUAUGUGGAUAAGAUGAUGUCGUUGUUAGGAACACAUCGACAAACUAUAUAUGAAGAUCAGAAGAUGUCAAGUUCAUGAUAUUUUCCGUUGUAGCUACAAUGGUGUUGUGCGGAAAAUAUCAGAUCAUGCGAUUUAUUUUAUGACAAAAUAAGAUGAAGCUUAUUCAGCGUAUUCCUCAGUCCCUAGUUUUCUGUGGUCAGUUUAAUUGAGCAUUAUAAUUUUAAAUUAGACUGUAAAGGAAGGCUCCUACUCCCUGCUUAUGUUAAUGAAAAUGCAUUCUACACAUCACAGUAGUCAAAGAAUCAGAAUUAUUCGUGCAUGGUUUGUGGCUCUAUGGGAAGGGGGGCAAAUACUCGAAAGGAAUUUUUAAAAACUGUGCAAUUUGAAGAGAUAAUUAUAUGUAUUUUGCUUCAAUUAGUACCUGUUAAAAAUUUAUAUAUCGUAGAGUUUUAUUUACUUUAUUAUAACUGAAAACGGAUGGUUAUGCUUAAUAUUAUUUCAUCUCUUUGAAAAAGUACUCGUUCCACUGUUCAUACUACAUUGUACUUUUUUUCAGUGGAUUAACUAGUUGCUACUUUGCAAGUAACCAACUAUCCAUUAUCUUUUUAACUGACACAUUCCAUGUUGCCAUGCAUCUAUUUUGUAAGUUUAUUUGAACUACAUCUACCCGAUAUGUACGGUGGCCCGUAGGGGACAUUACAAUUUUUUUUUUGCUGAAGUUAUCGCGCGAUAAUUCAAACUUAUCGCGCGAUGAAUUUGCAACAUAUCACAUGAUAAAGAGAAGCCUGACUCACGCUUUCCACCCUAGUGUUUAUAGCCUUUAAUUCUCAGAGUCUAGCUUUUACAAGUAUAUCUUUGAGAGACCUUCCUCAUUUGUACGAUAUAAUUGGAGGUUCUUUGUAGAUCUGUCUAAGAAGAGGUUGGUUCUCUAUCAGUUGCCAUGUUUCAUAAGAAUGUUUUUAAGGCUAGCAACUCAAAUUUCAAAGAACGCUUGAUUGACAGAGGCUACCCACAAACUAUGAUAGAAAACCUUCUUUCGGGUACAAAGUUCAUAGAGAGGGAGUCUGCACUCCUGAAACACAACAACAAAGAGGAAAAAGAAAUAUUGCCUUUUGUGACACAGUACCAGCCCGCAGUGUCUACUUUAAAAGAAGUUUUAAUGAAAAAAUGGAAUCUUAUACAAAACCAACCGUUGCUUCGCCAAAUUUUUAAAGAACCACCUAUCAUUUCCAACAAGAAAGGAAAAUCGCUGAAGGUCAUGCUUGUUAGAGCUAAAAUAUAAAAGGUUAACACAAGGUUUCACGCGGGUAUGGAUGUGCGGCCUGUCACCGCUUGCAUUUUCGCAUGUUAACCCUUAAUUAUUGCGCAUGCUAAUCCGCCGGAGAACUCAGUCCCUUUCUGUAAAUACAUAACAAGAACAUAACCUUUAUUCACUUCACUUAACAAAAGGGACCACUGUUGGACAAUGAAAUACUUUAAACUUGAAGCUAAGAAGUAACCUGGCUUGAUUCUCACUGUAUAGUUUUGAAACGAGAGAUACUUGAUUACAUAUACAUAUAUAGCAACUGUAAAUCUUAAUUACUCCCCUUUUCCUUCAGGAUCAAAAUGCUGUAAUCCUUGCUUGGAAAUCUAGCUUGGCAACUCAAAUGAACUCUAUUAAGCUGGCUUAAAAGUUAGACUCGUAUAACUCCUUCUUAGUAUGAUAAAGAAAGGCUCAACAUCAAGAUAAUGCAUGCAUACAUGCAUGCAACGUUCCAGCUUCUCUCAAGUUCAUGUGAUAUGUUGCAAUUUAUUGCGCGAUAAACUGACUAAUUAUCGUGCGAUAAUUCAAACUUAUCGUGCGAUAAUUCAAAGUUAUCGCGCGAUAAUUUAAACUUAUCGCGCGAUAAGUUGAAAUUAUUGCGCGAUAACUUAAGCAAAAAAAAAAAUAUAUUGUAAUGUCCCUUACGGGCCACCGUAGAUAUGGCCCUCUGUUACACACAACAGUAUUCAUGCAGUAUGAAAAUAACCCAAGGAGGGCGGCUACUCCCCUAUAUAAGCCAUAUAGGUAUGUGCCAUCUUAAAGGGCAGAGUGUUUGGACCUUUUUGGUCUGAAAACGGGUAUAGACUUUGCCCAUUUUGGUCUGGAAUCAGAUAUCGUUUUCAAGGGAACUACGGAAGCGGAUGAAUGUAUUUAUGGUUUCAAUUCCAAAUAAAUAAGAACGAAAUAGAAAAUAUAUGGUAUGCGAACUUGAAAAGCAUUAGAAGAAGUUUUUUGUUUCCAUUCUAAUCUAAGUGAUGAUGACAUGAUUUCUGCCUGAAGGCCAGGUCUGAAAACGGGUAUGGAUUUUCGAGGUUUGUUCUGAAAAUGGGUGUGGAAAAUAACAUUUUUUGGUCUGAGAAAGGGGCAGGAUUUGGAGAACCGGGCAGCACACCCCCACCAAGGAUUCCCAGGAGUACCCUCCCCCCCCCCCCCACCAAGGAAAAUAAUAAUAUAACUAAUACUUCUUCUUUGUGUUUUUCCGUAGAUGCAAAAUGCCAUGCAGGUCAAACCAGCAGAAAGCGAAUCUAGAUCUGGUAAGUGGGGCCUGCAUAACAUAGAAUUGUUUGAAAUGUUGCAUUGUGCGUUGGGGGAGUGAGCGUUGUAGAUUACAAACCAGAGUAGACAAAAGUAUUCAAAUGCAAUAUAUUACGACGCUCCUUUUACAGUGAGUCCUAAAUUAUCUCAGCUUGGCAGUUAUCUGGGCUUUAUUCUCUGGUCCCUUUUUCAUGAAUAUUAGUAUAGGUAAUAGCAUGAUUUGUACUGAUAUUUGGCAUAAAUACCACAAGUGAUAUUUUAAAAUUGUUAUACGUAAUUUCACGAGCCAUUAGGCGAAUGAAAUUUGAGACAAUUUUGAAAUAUCACAGGUGGUAUUUAUGCCAAAUAUCACGUACAAAUCAUGCUAUUAUUUGUUUAUACUACUACCCACAAAAGGUUUGUAAUUUUCUCAUGUAGGUAUUUCAAAUUAAGCUGAAAUACCACUGCUCUUAGUAGUAUAAACUCUUUGACCCUGUUGUCAAAAUGUAAUUUCCCAUUUCCUGUUCUGAUAGUGGGAAGAAAAAUUUGUCAAAGUGUUUUAAAAUAGAAUUUGUCUUAUGUUAUUAUCUCCUUAACUCUCACGACUUCCUUGAUUUAGAAAGCAAGUGCAUAUUCUCUAAACUUUUUCCACGCUUUCUUUUUGCAGCUGCAUAAUUUGUGUUUUUAACUGUGUGGAUCUUCUCUGUAUUUCUUGCUGAUAUCAUUGUUGAUAUUUCUCUUUCAGAGGACCGUAAACUGUUUAUUGGAAUGAUAUCUAAAAAAGCAACAGAGGAUGAUCUUAGAAUGAUGUUCUCCCCAUACGGAACUAUAGAAGAGCUGACAAUUCUAAGAGAUAGCGAUGGCAAAAGUAAAGGUUUGUAUUCUUUGUACUCAACUCACAAACAAACCUGUAACAAACAGGUUUUAUAAAUAAUAAGGAAUUAUAAUAGACCUUAUUCACACCAUCCAGCAUCUUCGAAAGCGCUGUGUGGCUGUCAAGUUUGUUUAUUGUCAUAAAACAAGGUGACUAUUUUCUAAAAUAUACAGUUUUGACAAGUUUUACCUCAUUGUUACUUGCUGUGAGGACAUGUACAGUUGCUAUAGCUAUUUAAAAAAACAAAAAUGAUUAUUUCCACCCAUAAUUUUCCAUUAUCAUCUUUAAGAUAAAAGUUCUUCAUUUUUCGUUGUCUAAAUUAACAAACUCAACUGCGAUUUCUUGUAUUGGCUUUUUUUAUCACUUGUUUGCCCCCUGAGAAACCACAUGACAUUGCUUUUAUCCCAUUGGUCCUUAAGCGCAUGCAAAGAUGCCAGGUCUCAUGAAUAAGGUGUGCAGUGAAAACACCUUUCUUCCAGUUUGAAGAUCUGAUUUCUUUACUGUUGAAACUGUGCAAAAAGCCACCUCUAUGAACAGCUGCAAAAUGUUGUCUGGCCAGAAGCCCAUACAGUUUACUCUCCUCCACAGAACAGCCACUCCUUCGCAACAGUGAUUAUGGCUUAAAACAAGCCAGGGGGGUACUUGGGUUAAUUUUUGCUGGGUAUGUACCAGUGGCCUCUCAGUGCCCCUACCCAAUUAUAGUCUAUUCUGUGGCCAGUUAUAGACCCCAUCUUAGUCACUUUUGGGCAAAUAUGUAAUUUUUGCGAUCCCAACUUAGUCACUUUCUAUUUUUAUGAAUUGAUCCAUUUUUUAAAUGGAAUGAAGAACACUUUAUUUUUCACCUACAGUACAAACAUUCUGGUACAUUUGCUAACCAUAAAUAUGAAGAACUGUCGUACCCCAGAAAAUCCGAAAAUAUGCGAACCCAUCCUAGUAACUCAGCUAUUGAAAAUGCAACCCUGUUACAGUCAAUCCAGUAGUGAAAAUGCAACCCCAUCUGGCGGCACAUCCCCAUUAGCCUCUUAUAAGGAAGUAUCCGCCCUGGGGAAACAACUCCCAUCUGGUCUGGGACAAGUAGAUUUUCUUGCUGGGCAAGUAACAGUUAAAGCUUCAGUGAUUUUGUUACAAAUAGUUUUGGUGAGUCCAGGGACCCAUCUUGUGAAAAAUCAUGAGUCCCUUCCAUAACCAGUGAGUCCUAAAUUGAACCAGACGGUCCAUCUGGAGACAGAUGCCAAAACUCUUUAUUACAGUUUACUGAAAUUAAAAUAUAGUCCUUCUAUAUAUUUUAAGUACAAAAAAGACUAAAACAAAUAUGCGUCUUUAAACACAGUCACAUAAAUCACAAGAACAGGAUAUUUUAUUUAAAUUCAAUGGCAAUUUUAAAAUAUGCAGCACUGAAGAUGACAGAUGUACCGUCAAAAUGUCUGGUAAGUUAAAGAAACUUAUGUUUAUGCGGCUAUGUUCUAUUUGGAUUUUCUACCAAAAAAAUCUUCAAAUCAAUCAAUCUUUCUUUGCUUCCUAUGGAACGCAUUUUAUGAAUAUUAUUAUUUUGCUUCUUUGGAGAUUUUUAUGUAUCAGGGAUGCGGGACACAGAGGUAACAAAAUCACUGAAGCUUACUUGCCCAAUGGGCAAGGGAGGGUCCAGGCAAGUCAUCCUCUGACCCUUUAAGCCCCAAUAUCCACUUACAAAUUCUCCAAACGAAUCUCUAUAAUUAUAUCUCCCUAAAGAAUGAGUUGAGAGAAUUUAAUAAAAGAUCAAAGCAUUUUCUCUUAAGUGAUCAUUUUAUUAAUUCUCACAACCUAAUCUCUUGACAAUGUAUGGAUAUGGUUGGGAGAAAAUUUAUGUUUGUCACUGUUGGGACUUAAAGGGCUAACAAAAACAUCAAGUAAGGGGAAUAUGAAGUGGCCCCAGGUAAUCAAAAUAUUAGAACUGCUUGCCCAAAGAACAAGCUGGAAUUCAAGUUCUUUUUCAGCCCUGAUUGAUGGCCAGCAUUUCAUUACCCGAAACACAGAAAAUGCACUUAAUAUAUCCCCUUCACGACAGAAACAUGAACUUGAUAAAAAUGUAAGUCCUUUUGCCGAGGCCCAUGGCACUAUUGAGAUUUGAACUUUGUGAUAAAAUUACAGGGCAAAACCUUAUCACCCUUUUGGUUCAAUAAUGAAUAGGUGAAUAAUAGCAGAUUUUAUUCACAAGCAUAAUACACAGAGUAUUGGAAGGAGAAUUUAAUUUUUUAGCUCUUUAUCAGAAGUCACAUGGGCUUUAUUAAUAUCAUGAGUAGAAGAUUCAUAUAAUCAUUAGUUUAUUAAGGGAGUAUUACAGCCAAUUCUCUACAAAGCAGCCACCUCUGUCGUCUUGGCUAUGGCCAGAGGCUAGUGGAGGAAAAAUUGUGAAAUAGAGUGGGUGUAACUAUAACUAUGUUUUGUUUAGGUUGUGCAUUUUUAAAAUUUCCAACCAGAAUGCAAGCUCAAAAUGCCAUUGCAGAGAUGCAUAACAGUACCACAAUGGAGGUUUGUCAUUAAAUAUCAUUUGGUCUGUCAACACUCAUGUAAUGAGUAUCUUCUCCCGAGUGUUUCCCAUAAUUUAUAAAGACUAGAGGUACAAUCAUUGCUUGUGUUUGUUUCUUUGAUAAAUCUCGUGAAUAAACUGUGAGGUAGCCUGCAAGCAAGCUCCCCGGGGCGUUCUGGCUGCGGGGCAGGAAUUUUUAAUUCCACCUCCAAUUCCCCUGUGGCUCCCAAUCUACUGAGCUGUCAGCUUUCUGCCAAUCAGCGUGAAGCAGAAAUGAGAGUGACUGUAGACAAGCAUUGAAAAAUACAUGCCAAGGGUAAUGACAUCAUUACUAAUGUCAUUUCUGACAAUCAGCUCUUUGCAUCGACUUUUUGAUGCAGAUUGUCGAAUUCCAGGGACGUGGUUGCAAGCUCUCCUUCCUUUUCCCACCCCACCGCAAGAGGGUGCCCGAGAGCUUGCUCACAGGCUAGUGAUGAGAGGCUCUGUAGGUGGUAGGAGACUGCCAUUAACUGUCUCAAUACCUGCUUUAGAUAUCUGUGCACUUACUUACCAAAACAUUGUCCUCUUAAUCAAAACUAUAACAAAAUUUUCUAAUCUUAUUGGCGAUCAUGGGAGCCUUACUACUGACUGCACAACAAAUGUGUUCCCUAAAUAUAGGUUUUUUAAAGACAAUAAUAUAACGGAGAGUGCAAAGCUUUCUAACACCUGUGUCUGCUUAAAAUUUGGUGUGCUUAAAUGACCCAUUUUAAAUGUCAAACUUGGCAGUUGCCAAAUUUAAUGCUAAUGAGGAAGAUCAGUCGUUUUCACUCAUUUUAAAACGGACCUAAGAGCAACCAGCGAUACAUGUAUCAUUGAUUUUUUAUUGUCUUAUAGUGAUACUACUCAAUCAAACAUUAAGGUCAUGAGAAAAAAGUAAACAAUCAGCAAGAAGUGAAUCAGGAUUGUUCAACAAACUCUCCCAAACGGCACCAUAAGAAAUGUAUAGACCACAAUGGGAGAAUAAUUAUGUAUUCCGAUAUUGUGGAUUUUAAAUGUGUUAAUGCAGGUUUCACUGUCCUCUCUUUGCAGGGAUGUCCAUCACCAAUAGUUGUUAAGUUUGCAGAUACAGAAAAAGAAAAACUUCAAAAGAAAAUGCAACAGAUGGUUACCCUAGGUGGCAUGGGUAUGAACAUGCUAGGAAUGGGCUUCCCUUACUUUCAGCACUCCAAUUAUAACACAGCUUGCCAACAGGUUAAAAAUUUAUUACAUGUUAUGUGUUGAUAUCAGUGAGAUACCCCGUACCAAAAUUAAGUAUACUAUAAGUAUCUUUCUUUCAAGCGCCAGGUAUACUGUAAAUAAAUUAUAUACAAAAAGUAUGCUUUACAUAGCUGCUAAAAGUAGAGUUUAAGUAUACUUGUUUCCACUUGAUAUUGGAACACACAAAAGUCUACUUUGAGUUUACUUAAGGCUGGUUUUCCGUAGCAACGGAGUCAGAGUCGUAAGCGUAAGCGGAGUCGUAAGAACGUUUAUAACCUUGUGAAAAUCAAAAAUAGGAGUCAUAAGCAUUACUUAAGAUAAGAUAACAUUAAGAUACUUAUCCUAUAUUAUUUGUAAUUCAUUUUCUAUUAUUGUGUGGCAAAUAAAAUAACUUAGCAAAUUUUUAAACCUUGAACUUGACUGAAACAGUUGAGUUUCUCUUGCUCACAUUUGAUUAUCGUCAGUUUCUUCAACAGCAAGCUAAUUCACCUUCAACGUUACCUGGAAGCUUCAACAUGAUCCCUGGAAUGACUGGUCCAGGUAAGCCUUUUACCUACACAAUGAAGAAAGAAGAGGGAGGGUGGCACUAGUCUGCUUGUGACCAGAGUUCAGUGUUUGUGUAGAACAUCUUGUUAGUUACCAGUUUUUGCUCGUGUAGAGUAGGUAUCUUGUAGGUAAAAACCAUUCUCGGCUUAGGCCAGAAUUCCCUUUCUCUUAUGAAUAGAGAGCUCAACUAAUGACAACAGCGAUGGCAAUGAGAACAAAAAAACAGAAAUAGGUUUAGAUUAGCAAAACAACAGCUUUGCACGUGCUACACGCUUUUUUUGUACAUUCCUUUGAAAGGUAGCCUAGAGUCGUGUGUUUUGAUAAUUAACUGUAGAUAUGAUAUUCAAAAUCAAUUUUUAUCUGUUUUCUAACGGAAGGCAAACUGUAAUAUGUAAUCUGCCAAUUUGCUUGUGAGAGUAAGACAUUAGUUGUUGGUGUUAUGUAUACUGGGUUACUGAGAUCAGUUUCACAGUUUAACUGAGAUCAGUUAAGUUUCACAUUUGUGAGUGAAGUUUACUUGGUUUGUGUUUCACCUCAACUAAACAUAUGUUUUACUUUUGGUCAGUUCAUUUGAGAGAGUUGGCUCAACAUUACUGCAUCAACAAGUGCUCAUUUAACUCAAUUAUGUUUAUAAAGGUGUAUGCCACUGGUUUAUUAACCUUCUAAGCCCCAACAUCCACAUACAAAUUCUCCAAACUGAUUUCCAUACUUUUACUUAAAGAACAAGUUGAGAGAAUUUGAAAACAGAUCAAAGCACUUUCCCUUUGGUGAUCACUUUAUUAAUUCUCAAAACUCUUUCUCCUGAUUAUGUAUUGGCAUUGUUAGAAGAAUAUUGAUGUUGAUUACUCUUGUAAACACCAAUGUUUUGUGUGUGUUUCAGUAGUAGCCCCUGGAACCAUGGGUGCCUUGGUAGCUGCCUCAGUCUUAGCCGCUCAACAACAACAGCAACAGCAUCAAGCCGUUCAACAGGCAUCAUCAUCACAAAAUAACAUCAUGGGUGGAACAGGUGCCUUGGUUAACAGCAGUGCUGUUUCCACCAGCGGUGCUACCAAUACGUCUUCAAUGAUGGGAGUGCAGGGAGUCCCGGGCAUGACAGGCAUUGGUGAGUAGCCAUUCCUGUGUUGUUGCCCAGAGGUACAGGGUGCCAAGGAAGUCAGUUUUACAGCUUUCCAUUCGGACAAGCUGUAGCUAGCAUGUACAGUACUAGCCUAUGAGUCAUUUUAAUUAGCCGGAAAAAAUUUUUUGAUGAGCAGGACUGAUCACAGUUCUUCUGUAAUUUGAAUUCCCGAAAAAAAUUCACUUGCCCGUUGAUCAAGUUGAUAACGGAAUUCUCUGGCCCAAUAGCAAAAUUCAUUAGUCCCUGGCUAUUGGACACGACUUUCUUUGCACACUAAGAUACUGUCAAACAUUUGCGUCAUGGGGGCGAAUGAGGUCUGACGUGUAAUGUUUCUUUAGGUGGCAGCGACAGACAGUAUGUUGCAUUAGGCUGCCCAGGGUAGUGCAUUUUCAACACCUCCCUUUACAAUGUACAUUAAAAACGCUCUACCCAUACUAGCAUUUUCACAUUGUUGUUAUUUGGGUCAAAUGGCCUUAUAUUACUAGGCCAUCUUUUCUUCCCUGGCUAUUCUCAGGCGUCUUCCAAACUCUGCUCUAUACCUGUCAUUGUUAGGCUUAAAAGCUUUGUCAUGCAUGAGUGGCUAUGGCAUCAGCCCAUCAGCAUUUCCCAAAACCUUUGUUAUGCUCAACGUCUUCUAGACAAUAGACCUCCUCGUUUAGAAGUCUUCACAUUUAGUACUGUCUUUUGUGAGCUUUUGGUUUAGUUUUCAAACAAAAACAUACUCUUGUAAAUGACUUUUAUACUAAACUGUGACUUCACUCCUCAGGUAUGAACAUGUCUGGGAUGGGAGUUGGUAACCUUAGCAAUAUGGGAACCAGUCCACUUGGAAUGGGAAUUCCUGGCCUUGGCAAUGUGGCUGCUGUUACUAGUGUGGGCAACAACUUACAGACUGGAGAUGCUCUUACUCAAGCUUACUCUGGAAUACAACAGUACAAUGGUAAGUAUGAUGUUUUUUGCAGCAGAAUGGCGUGAAACCGGGGGAGGGGGGGUUUAGGUCGUGUCUGUUCUUUUGAUUUCCAGUUUAGUGCCGUCAAAGUUGAAUAAAGUUACAUUCUUUCCAUGUCAUGCAGCUUGGUUGAUAAAGUAAAUUUUUCAAGGAUUCAAAAGCUGACUUUUCAAGUUGCAGCCCUUUUGAGCUAUUACAUGUAUCCUUCCACAGAAGGGCUGGUACUUUGAAGAAGGGAUUGUGUUCUAACAAAGGGCUCGCACUCAAAACGUCUGCCACUUGGGCUACAACAAUCAAUACUUCUACAGCAUUACUCCAGCUAUGAUAUAUUGAUGCUUAGUUUGGUUACACUUUCAGCUACAUUUCCUAAUGUUUAUGGUCCAGCAAUAUUCCAACAGCAACAACUACAACGACAGCCACAAAAGGAAGGUAAGAUGUAUAAAAUCAAAUCUUCCAAGGGAUGGUUGUAUUCUUGCCCUAAGCAUCGCAACCAGUUGUCUGAUUUUUCUGUGGCAGUCAUCACAGACUCUUCUGGGAUAUGGGGCCUUCAUAUUGCAACUUUCCACAUAUGAGGGAAAGUUAACAAGACCUACCACAAUGAACAACAUAAACCAAGCAGUUUCAUUUGCGACAAAACAAAAGGCUUGGAAUCUAGACUACACAGCGUGCAAAGGAAGUAGUGUCCAAUAGCCUGGGACUGGUGGAUUUUGCUACCAGGCUAGUGAAUUCUGUUUUUAACUUGCCCAACAGGCAAGUGGUGUUUUUUGAGGGAUUCAAAUAACAGAAGAACUGCUGAAUCAAUUCUGCUCGUCAAAAAAGCUUUUGGGGCUAGAUGAAAUGACGUCUGGGCUAGUAAAUGCUAGCUUCAGCUUGCUUGAAUGGAAAGCUGCAAAAGUUAUUUUCUUUGCACCCUGCUACAGACAAAAGGCUACAAACAAAAGGCUUCGACCUAGCCAUUAUUGGCUAUAAAAUGUUGUAGAAUUUAGUGAACAGAGAAUAAGAUUAGCUUCCAUUUUCAUUCUUAAAUUUAAAUAUGCCAAGACUCCAGUAUAACAAAAAAAAAACAUCAACAGAUCUUUUCACCAUUUUCUAAUCAAUCAAUGUUUUUGUUUCUUGUCAGGUCCUGAGGGAGCCAAUUUAUUUAUUUAUCACUUACCACCAGAAUUUACUGAUGCCGAUCUCAUGCAGACAUUCUUGCCAUUUGGCGCAAUAGUAAGCGCUAAAGUGUUUAUAGACAAAGCUACAAAUUUAAGCAAAUGUUUUGGUAAGUGAUAAUCAAUAGAGUUAGUAGCACUGUAGUUUUGUCACAGUGUCCUAGAAUUUAGAAAAGUAAAAGCAUGUAAACCAUAUGCAUAACAACUUUGGACAUAAAAUGGCAAGCAGGUUUUAUAUUUUUAAGUACCUACAAGGAGCAAACACAGAACUGAGACCUGUUCAUGUUGUGGAAGAAGUAAAAAAGUCAUAUACUCAAGGCUCUUUUUUGCACUGAAUGGAGUCCUUGAAAAAUGGGAAAUGUGUCCUUGAAAGUCCUUGAAAUAUCUUCGAAUUUUUUGUUCAAAAAAGGGUAUGAACCCUGUGCCCAGUUCAAAGGGGCUGGAGGUGUACUCCCACUUCUCUGUGAACUGGAUUCUAGCCUAUCACAGAGUUAAACACCCAGCAUAACACGCAACUCCUGUUACGUUCUUGUCUAUUUAACUCUUUCAUUGCCAAAGGUGGCUAAAGUUUCAUUUUCUGAAAUGCUGGAAAACAAAUGGUACCAUGUGAAAGUACUGCCCCGGAGGUUUCAUUUCAAUGGUCACACCACAGGAUUUUGUGCACGGACUCAAAAGUUAGAACAACUUUAUCAGACUCCAUUACUGCCUCUGGCAGUGCUGAAAGACAGUUUCAAGCAUUGCUUUGGUGCAAGCAAGACUUCAACCAUGGAUGUGACAAACUGAAUCUGUAGAGGGUGUAUUGCGCUAUUUGCCAUGCCUCAUAUGGUGUUCUGCGUUUGGAUAUUUGCUUGACAGGCAAUUUAACCAUUGUGGUGUCUUUAAAUUUCAUAGGUUUUGUAAGUUAUGAGAAUCCAGGUUCAGCUCAAGGUGCUAUUCAGGCUAUGCAUGGAUUUCAGAUUGGCACCAAGAGACUCAAGGUACAACUCAAGAGGCCCAAGGAUGCAAACAGACCCUACUGA